AUUAAGAGAAGAUUAUUUGUAGAUAUUUAGCAAAUAAGAAUGGAAAGAAGAAUUUUUAGCUAAGAUAAAAAUCUAUUGUUUGUAGGGCUUAUUUUAACAGCUCUUCUUUCAAUCACAAAUGCAUAGAGUAGCAUAUAAAAUUGCGAAUAAAUGAAGAAUGGAAUGUGUGUUUCCUGUUUAAAAGGUUUUGCAUUGAGUUCUAAUAGAUAAUCUUGUGUUACAAGUCCAAUAUCAAAUUGUGUUUAUUUAGAUAUUCAAAAUAACUGCAUAGAAUGUACUUGCGGAAUGGUUGUGAAUCCUGAAGGAACAUAAUGUAUAAAUGUAAGCAUAGAAGGUUGCAGAAAGGUAGAUACAUCAGGAAAGUGCAUAGAAGCUAAACCAUUUUAUAUGCUGACACCCUAAGGAGUGUUUUUUAACAUGAAUAACAACUGUAAGGUAAAAAGUAAUAUCUGGAAUACAUUCGACUGUUCUUAAUGUCAUGAAGGUUAUUAUCUUUAAAAUGGUAGAUGUAUGGAAUUAUCUACUAUUGCAAGCUAUUCUAAUACUUAUGCAGCUAAUUUUAUGAUAGAUGCAACAAAUAAUCUUGUUUUUACUUGCUUAGGAGGAUAUUAAAAUAUUUAGUAGAAUUCUUAAAAUGGAUGUUAUUUGACAAUAUCAAAUUGCAUUACUUAUGUUUAUAAUGGAGGAUUGGCAUCAUGCUGGACUUGUGAUGUUGGUUAUAUUUCUUCUAAUAAUGGAACAGUUUGCACAAUUGACAACAAUCAAAUAUAAAAUUGUGCAUAAAUAGAUAAUCCUGCUUCUUAUUAGUGUGUACGCUGUAACUCAGAAAGCUUAAUAUUGUCAGGUCCAAACCUUUGUACUUCUAGAGUUUAAGUAACAGGAUGUGCUAACCAUGAUCCUAAAUAAAAUACUUGUCUUUAAUGUGAUUCUUCUCAUUUUCUUUAGUCUUCUACUACUUGCACAUCAAGAGCAAACAAUGCUAAUUGUUCAAUCGUUGAUCCUUAAGCAGAUAAAUGUAUAGCUUGCUCUAACUACACUCUGUACUAUUUAGACUCCUCUACAAAAACAUGCAAAACUAGAGUAAAUAUUGGUGAUGCAAAUUGUAUAUAGUAUGAUCCUAAUAGUGAUUCAUGUACUUUAUGCAAACAAGCUUACUAUUUAUUUAGUGGUACUUGCACAGCAAGGACUACUACUAAUUGCAUCAAUGGAGUGCCAGAUAAAAACAAAUGUAGUUUAUGCAAUGCAGAUUACAUUUUGUUGCCUGAUGGAACUUGCAAGCAAGAUACUAUUGGUAAGAAAUGCUUAGCUAUUGAUAGUAGUGGAGUAUGUACUCAGUGCAUUGAUGGUUAUGGUAUAGCUCAGCAAGGUGAAACAUGUUAUGAUAACUUCUAAAAUAUUCCUAUGUGUAGCGUCUACGUUAAAAGUAGUUAAACAACCUGCUAGUAAUGUUAAACUGGUUUUUUACUCUCUACAGAUUCUUAACAAUGUUUAAUCUCAUAUGGUUCUUGUAAAUAAUAAGCACCUACUUGUAAUUAAAGUUAUCAAUCAACACCAUCGUCAUACGAAAAGUACACUUGCGAUUUUGCUGCAAUAAUUUAAAAUCAAACAAUUUCUUCUAUAAUUAUUUAAUUCUAAUUUAUACUAUAUGCAAUUGUUAUUAUAAUGUGUUUAUAGGUAUGA